AUGGUGAUUGAGGUCUCCUCCAAUGGAGACUUGACACCUCACCAUCCACUCCAGCACCAACACCAACAGAUGAUUCUCGGCGAAAGCAGCGGCGAAGACCACGAAGUGAAGGUUCCGAAGAAGAGGGCUGAGACUUGGGUUCAGGAAGAGACUCGGAGCUUGAUCAACUUCCGCCGCGAAGUUGAUGGUCUUUUCAACACUUCCAAGUCCAACAAGCAUUUGUGGGAACAGAUCUCCGCCAAGAUGAGAGACAAGGGUUUCGAUCGCUCCCCGACCAUGUGUACCGAUAAGUGGAGGAAUUUGUUGAAGGAAUUCAAGAAAGUGAAGCAGCAAGAGAGGGGGAGUGGUUCUGCUAAGAUGUUGUACUACCAGGAGCUUGAGGAGUUGCUCAAAGACAGAGCUAAGAACGGUCCGUACAAGAGUCCUACUUCUUCCAAAGUCGAUUCCUUUAUUCACUUCUCCGAUAAAGGUAGUUACUGA